CCACUGGCUGGAGCUCGGUUUUCUUUUUCUGUUUCUUCUUCAGCUCUUGUCAGGCCGGGCCAAGGUGUCUCUCGCACGGCGGGCGAGGGCUGCCGGUCUCGGGCCGGGCCCUGACUGAGGUGGCGGGGAGUGGGCCGCGCGAGCCGCAUAUGAGUGGAUGGAGCCGGGCUCUGGGCUGCAGCGGAGGGGGCCGGGGCUCGGCGGCGGCGGCGGAGGCGGCGGCGGGCUGGGCUCGGCCGGGGUCUCUCCGGCGCUAUCGGGGCCUCAGGGCCGCCGCAGGAAACAGCCGCCGCGGCCGGCCGACUUCAAGCUGCAGGUGAUCAUCAUCGGCUCGCGAGGCGUCGGCAAGACCAGCCUGAUGGAGCGCUUCACGGACGACACUUUCUGCGAGGCCUGCAAGUCCACCGUAGGUGUUGAUUUUAAAAUCAAAACAGUAGAACUAAGAGGAAAGAAAAUUAGAUUACAAAUCUGGGACACAGCAGGUCAAGAAAGAUUCAACAGUAUUACCUCAGCCUAUUACAGAAGUGCCAAGGGAAUAAUAUUGGUAUAUGACAUCACAAAGAAGGAGACAUUUGAUGAUUUGCCAAAAUGGAUGAAAAUGAUUGAUAAGUAUGCCUCAGAAGAUGCAGAGCUACUAUUGGUUGGAAAUAAGUUAGACUGUGAAGUGGACAGAGAGAUUAGUCGGCAACAAGGAGAAAAAUUUGCUCAGCAGAUAACUGGGAUGCGUUUUUGUGAAGCUAGUGCCAAGGAUAAUUUUAAUGUGGAUGAAAUAUUUUUAAAACUAGUUGAUGACAUUUUAAAAAAGAUGCCUUUGGAUGUAAUAAGAAAUGAAUUGUCCAACAGCAUCCUGUCCCUACAGCCAGAACCAGAGAUUCCACCAGAACUGCCUCCUCCAAGACCUCAUGUCCGUUGUUGCUGACUUGCUAUUGCUUGCCGCAGAAUGGAAAAGAUGACAAGCAAAAAGAAAGGGAGAAAGCUGUUUCAUUCUGUACUACAAUCAUAUGGCUGUUGUUUGUUGCACUUUGAUUCAGAGUCAGAGCUACACACUAAUUUGUAAAUAUGCAGAUAUGCAAACUAGAUAUGAUAAGACUGUAACUGGUUAAAUAUUGCUCUUUCCACACUUUUUUUCACUUCUCUUUUCUCAGCCCUAUAAAUAUUGUACAAUUUGGUGGGAAACACAGUACAGCACUCCCAAACCUAGGAUGUAAGAAAUUAAAUGCAUACUUAAUUAUCUUCAACAUAAAUGUUGUAAUAGUCCUCAGUAUAAACAGAAUCUCUUAGUAUAUGGUGCUUUGAUAGUUUUUUUAAAAAAAAUAUUUUAAAUUUCAACUCGACAUAUAUAAAGCUUUCUAAAGCAGCAUUAUGUCUUAUAAAUUCAAAUAAAUUUCUGGUAAAACACUUAUGUGUAUGAUAAUUCAGAAGUAAGUUCUUGGUCCCUGGGUUCACAGGUUUAUUCUAUGGUAGGGAUCGAUAGAUUUGAAGCCUUUGAAUGCAGUCCAUCAAGUAUCAUAAUAGGCCUCCAAUCACUUCAACAGGUGAUUUCAGGCAGGUACUGCUGAGGUGAAGAUGGAUAAUAUAACAGAAGGAUUGAAUUCUGAACACCCAGGCAAAUAGUGUCAGCAGUACUUCUUUAUUUAUUAACUUUCACCUUUGGGGAAGGGGCUGUAUGUGGCACUGUGUUCUGUGUAGUUUUUAAAGGAUGAAUUGGCACUUUGACCUCAUUAGUGUCUCAAACAUAAAUUAAUGAGCAGUCAGAUACUGUAUAAAGCAGAGAAAUAUUUGCAAAUUAUUUUUUAAAAAAAGGUUUAAGAGUUAUUUCUUCUGUCAUAGAUAAAUUUGUUUAAAGUUAUUUUUAAACCAUUUCCUAUGUUAUAAGGAAUAAUGUAUGUUUAUUUGUCUGAAAUAAAUUGGAGAUAUACACAUAUAUAUGUGUAUGUAUAUACACACACACAUAUAUAUAUAUAUACACACACACACACGUGUGUAUGUAUGUAUGUAUGUAUGUAACUUUAUUCCAAUCAAAAGUUCUAAGCUAAAGAGGGAUUUGAUUUUUUUUUUAAUUUUUAUUUUGGUCAUAAGGAAUUUGCGAACUGUAUCUUUUUGGUAUAUCUUUAUUAAAUCUGCACUGUAUAUCUUAGUUGUGGUAAACCAGUAGUUUUGUAUUUGAAUAAUUUGAUAAGUCUUUAAUGUUGUGGUAUUGAAAAGCAUUGUCGUUCUAUACUAAUGACGUGCCAAUAAACUUUUGUAUUUAUGAAUGACAGUGGAACUGCAUCUCUUACUGGAAUGCCAAAUCUCAAAUACUGUCCUCCUGAAGAUCCAAUUUUGAGAGAAAUUUAUAAAAUUAUCUCUAUAAUUGGUUAAACCUGUAUAUGUGGAUGUAUUGACUUACAAGAAUCUUAUGCAUGCUUUCUCAGUUGUGAAUUCUAUUGAAUUCAAUGCAAUUCAAUCCAAUAUCGGUGUUUAGGACUAAAACUGCUACUCUGCGGCAUUAUUUUGUUACAGUAUUUUAAAAUACUGUAGCAAGAGUAAUGAUGGUUUAUCAAUGCAUGGACUUCAGUUGUAUAUACUAAGCAAUUAGUCUGGAUUUUGACUUUUCUGAAAUGUUUUCUUCAGAUUUCUGAGACAUAAAAAGCUACAGUUUAAGUAUACAAAAUAGUUUUUAUUGAACUCAGUACACUUCAUUUAAAUCAUUUAGGUCCAAAUAAUAAAAAAAUGCACAAUUGAAAUGUAUUUCUUCUACCACAAUGUGCCUAUACAAGUGUCAUUCUUCAUACAGAUACUUUAAGGCUUUUUACCAUGAUAAUUAGAUGAAGUUUGCCAUUUUUGUACCACUGUAAACUUGUAUUAUAGGUGAUAACAAUGAAAACAGACUUAUGGACAAUACAUUUAAACUUGAUAAACAUUUAGGUGAUUUUUCCCUGUAUUUAAAAUGUGUUGUUUGCUUUCAAUUCUUGAAUAAAAGUAUAAGAAAACAGA